AUGACAAUCGAAUAUUUUUUAUCUUCUUUAUGCGAGGAUUUUUCUCGAUUAUUGGAAAGUUCGGAUGAUUAUAAUGUAAAAAUUAAAGUUGGCCAAGAACCAGAUUAUCGAGUUUUUGAUGCUCAUUCGGUGGUAUUAAGGGCAAGGUCAAGUUAUUUUCGUGCAGCAUUAUCAAAGGAUUGGGCGAAAAGUGAAGGAGACAAGUUAAUUUUAUUGAAACCGAACAUUUCACCAAGGAUCUUCGAAGUUGUUUUAAGAUUUAUUUAUACAGGUGGAUUAGCAUGGGAUACUUUAAAAGGCGCCGAAGAUAUUCUCAAUUUAUUGGUAGCAGCUGACGAGCUGGGAUUAACAGAACUUUUAUCGCGUGUAGAAACACACCUACUUUAUCAAAAAUCUGAAUGGCUAAAGAAAAACUUCGUGCUUGUGCAUCGAACGGUAUUCAAAUCAGAAUCUUUCAAAAAAUUACAACAAUUUUGUCUAGAAAAAAUCAGCCAUGAUCCACAAAGUUUAUUCAAUUCGGAAGACUUUACCACAAUCGAUCAAAAUCUCCUGUUCUCGUUACUGGGACGCGAUGAUCUGCUGUUGGAGGAGAUUGACAUCUGGAAACAUGUAAUAAAAUGGGGAGUCGUGCGGAAUUCAAAGUUGAAGUCUGAGCGAAUGGAAAAGUGGACAUCCGAAGAUUGGCAAAAUUUAGAGAAAACCUUGCGAAAUUUUAUUCCGCUGAUUCGAUUUGCGCAUAUAAAUUCGGCAGAUUUUUAUACUUACAUUCGCCCGUAUCGUAAAAUUAUCCCCGAUGAAAUCUUUGAAGACACGCUUCGUACCAUUCUAAUUCCCGGAUCCAAACCAAAAAUCGGCCCACUUCUUCCCUCACGUGGAGAAAUUCAAUCAACCCUGAUAAAUAUACAACACGCUAGCAUAAUUUCAAGUUGGAUAGACCGUCGCGAUCCUCUACACUAUUACACUCCCGCCGACUCGCCAUACAAAUUCACAACAUUACUUCGAGGAACACGCGAUGGAUUCUCGCCAAAAACAUUUAGAGAACGAUGUAACAAUCAAGGCUCGACUGUCGUUAUUCUCAAAAUACAUGGCACAUCUCAAUUAAUUGGUGGCUACAAUCCAAUUCACUGGGGAUACACGGAUAAAGGAUGGGUUAAUACAACACAAAGUUUUCUGUUUUCGCUUGGUGAUGGGAUCAAUCUGGCGCAUUUGAUGCUGAGUCGCGUGCAGAAUGCCGAAUGUGCUAUUUGUGAGAAUCAUUAUCGUGGUCCAAAGUUUGGCUAUAUGGAUUUGGUGAUGGGCUUGAGUGGACAUCCAUUCAAUGAACCGGGAAGUUGUCAGUGCCAACGACGACAAUAUGAAAAGAGUAUUGUUGAUACAUCGGAAUUAUUCCAUGCUGAUGAAUAUGAA